AUGGAUCCUAACAAUCCCAACAACCGCCUCUACCUGAACAUUGGCAAUAACGGAGACCGACUAGCCGCAGCCGAUCGCGCCUAUCCGACCACUCCCUCUGGCUUCCCCCAGCCCGUCUACCAGAACCAGCAACAAGCCAUGGCUCAGCAACCUCACCAGCAGUACGGUGCUGGAUACCCUGCCCAGUCUGCAGGGUAUUUCAUGCCAAACCAGUACCAGCAAUACCAGCCCCAGGGCGGCCCUGAUUACAACCAAGCUCCCCAUGCCGCCACUGGCUACGGUCCCCGAUCCAACACUCCGGGCACCAACGAUCCAAACGUUGGCCUGGCUCACCAGUUCUCGCACCAGAACUUGGGAGGUCCCGGUGGCCCUGGCCGUGCUUCUCCCUAUGCGCCUCGCGGCCCAUCCCCGGGCCAGCGACCGCGGACUGCUGGUUCCAACUCUCAACAGCAACGAGACGCAUACAACAGCUACCACAACAACCCCAUGCCACCCCAAGCAGGCCGUACCGAUCAAGUCUUCCAGGCCGCCCCCGAACGGAAUCCCGAGAAGUAUGGCCAGAAUGCCAACAACAACCAGAAGAAGUGCUCCCAGCUGGCCGCGGACUUUUUCAAGGAUAGCGUGAAGCGAGCCCGCGAGCGAAACUUGAGACAGAGUGAGAUGGAGCAGAAACUCAAUGAUCCUAACCAAAACGCUGCUCGGCGCGAACAGAUUUGGCAGAAUGGCGGUAAGAAGGAGGCCCGUUACCUGCGAUUUCUGCGAACCAAGGAUAAGCCCGAGAACUACAGCACCAUCAAGAUCAUUGGCAAGGGUGCCUUUGGUGAGGUGAAGUUGGUUCAAAAGAGAGCCGACGGUCAGGUCUAUGCCAUGAAAUCCUUGAUCAAGACUGAAAUGUUCAAGAAGGAUCAGCUUGCCCAUGUUCGCGCUGAGCGUGAUAUCUUGGCCGAGUCUGACAGUCCCUGGGUCGUCAAGCUGUUUACCACAUUCCAAGACGCCAACUUCUUGUAUAUGUUGAUGGAGUUCUUGCCAGGAGGUGACCUCAUGACCAUGCUCAUCAAGUAUGAGAUUUUUUCCGAGGACAUAACGAGGUUCUACAUAGCAGAAAUCGUGCUUGCGAUUGAGGCUGUGCAUAAACUUGGUUUUAUUCACCGUGAUAUCAAGCCAGACAACAUUCUGCUAGACCGUGGUGGUCAUGUCAAGCUAACUGACUUCGGCUUGUCCACUGGUUUCCAUAAGCUUCACGACAACAACUACUACCAGCAGCUCCUGCAGGGCAAAUCGAAUCGUCCCAGAGACAGAAACUCGAUUGCGAUUGACCAAAUCAACCUCACUGUCUCCAACAGAGCUCAAAUCAACGACUGGAGACGAUCUCGAAGACUGAUGGCCUACUCCACUGUUGGAACGCCCGACUACAUUGCCCCAGAGAUUUUUACCGGUCAGGGCUACUCAUUUGAUUGCGAUUGGUGGUCUCUGGGAACGAUCAUGUUCGAGUGUCUGGUGGGCUGGCCGCCGUUUUGUGCUGAGGAUAGCCAUGAUACCUACCGCAAGAUUGUGAACUGGAGGCAGUCUCUCUACUUCCCUGACGACAUUACCCUGGGCCGCGACGCCGAGGAUCUCAUUCGCAAUUUGAUCUGCAACACUGAGAACCGUCUCGGUCGCGGUGGCGCACAGGAGCUCAAGGCACACCGUUUCUUCCAUGGCGUUGAGUUUGACAGCCUGCGGAGAAUCCGUGCGCCAUUCGAACCCCGUCUGACGUCCAACAUCGACACUACAUACUUCCCUACCGACGAGAUUGACCAGACUGACAAUGCUACCCUUCUCAAGGCUCGGGAUAUGGCACAAGGCAGACAGGUCGAAGAGUCUCCGGAGAUGAGUUUGCCGUUCAUUGGAUACACGUUUAAGCGUUUCGAUAACAACUUCCGAUGA